GUCCGCUAUCAUUGGUUUGCCUACCCCUGUUGUCUCAACAACAUACUUUGAAGGGCUUGCUCCAUCUCGCAAACGACAUGGAGCCUCUGGCGAAAAGACCAAGGACUGGCCCGUCUCCAUUGAAACAGCAGUCAAAAGAAGAUGAAGAUGAUGAGCUCAACUACGAGCCCGAUGAGGUGUCUCGGAUGCGGGACCCCGGCUACCAACUCGAGCAGUCCCGUGCUUUCGCAGCCUUCAAGCUAAAGUCGACGUUCGAGCACAUCUUUCAAAAAUACGAAAGAGACUUUACAGGAAUCGGUGACGAGAUUGAUCUGAGGACCGGUGAGAUCAUUACGGACAAUGGCCAUUUGUCAAGUAUGCGGAAUGAACGAGAUACGGGGAUUCCUGAUGAAAACGAAGAAGACGAAGGUAUGCUGUUGGAGGAAGCAUUUGCCUCUGGUGACGAUGAGGACGAAGAUGAUGAGGAGGACGAAGAUGACCAAGAAGACGAACGGAUAUUGCGCAAAAAAGACGCAACAUCUUCUUCGACAGCUCUCACACAAAAGGCAAAAGUUGAUUUGCAGCAUUGCUCAAGCCUUUCACGCACUUUGCCAGCCUCCAGGUCUGAAUCUGAGCAGCGGCUGUCCAACCUCGGCUCAGCUCAUCCAUCAGCGAAUGGUAACUCGAGUUCCUCUGCAAACCCUUGGGGGCGUGAACCGGAGUCUGUUGAUCCGACAUGGAGGGUUCCAGAGAUCAACCCUCAGAAAUCGGACGACGACUUAAUCGCAAAACUGUGUGGAGCAAGAUACCGCUUCCCUGUCAAUUCAGGAUCACAAUCUGUGUGGGCAUCGCGACAAGACAGCGAGCAGGAGAAGGCAGCGUCCGAGCCUGUUCGUAUCGAUAUGGCGCAACUCGCUCGUGCGAGACAAGAAGCCUCGAGGAUGGCAAGACAGACGUCCAAGAAAACUCUGCACGUUUUUACUGCCGAUGAUGACAAGGAGGAUGAUGUCCUAGGUGUUUCAAUCGCGGACCGAGAAUUCAGGAGCGAGAAGAAGAAGGAGAAGAAGAAGAAGGAGGAGAAGAAGAAGGAGGAGGAGAAGAAGGAGGAGAAGAAGAAGAGCGGAGAAGAUGCGGCCAAGGGUCAAACACAAACGAAGCCCCCGUUACCAAACUCUUCGGCCGAGAAACCCAGCCGUCGUAAACCAAGAAAGUCCUCAGCGGGGGAAAAGUUGACCUCAAAGAAACAGCUUGUUCCUGCCAAGGUCCAGAAAUCCAGGAAGCCCGCUCAGCUGACUGAGUCCUCCGACCAAGGAAGUAAGGAACCUCUUGUCGAUGUCACCGCUCGACUGGACUCUACGCAGGGCUUGGGCGGUAUUGUGACGGCUGAAGAGGUCCAAAAAAGGCCAAGACAACACAUCGUCGUUGAGAUUUUCUCGAAACGCCCUCCAGCACACGAGAUUACGGAAGUUGAAGAUUCCGAAGAUAUGGUUAUAUUCAAUUCGGCCCGACAGGACACGGUGGAAGCCCUGAAUCUUAAUGGUUUGGCCCUCUCCGAGCCGGUUUCGAAAAGUCCAGUUCCUCAAGGAGCGCUUGUGGAAGCAGUCCCUGACGCGGCUGCGUCAGUUGAAGCAACAUCCGGGAAAACACCUGCGCCACCAAAGGAGAAAUUCACCAGGCACGAGAUUGACCCAGCUUACGCCUUCUCCGAUGAUGACGACGGUAUCCCUAUCACGCGAGCAAGAACAAGUCGCAGUCAGAAAGUGCCCACCGCUAUUCCAGUAACAGAAGAAUCUACGAAACAAGUCUUCGUGGCAGGCAUUCGACCCUCUGAACAAACGCUUCCUUCGGACAUCUCGGGGGAUCGGCAGGAUUCUGAAGCACAGCCAGAAUUAGUAGCAGAAAAUGGCAAUCCUUCGUCUACUGCCAACGAAUCAGCCGAUCCCGGCCUCCAUCGUCAUGAGGUCUCACAGGCCGCUACCGAUGUUCAACCGGCCUCCACUUCUCAGUCUCCAAGAGAUAUACUUGACAAACACCAAAUAACUGAGCAGCAUGUCACAAACGAGAUAAACAUGGCGGGCGCAGAGAAUCCUCAAUCGACUGAAGAUGUGGAUAUGCAGAUUUUGGAGCUUUUAGAUGAGAUAUAUCAAGAAACGGAAGCCCACGGGAAUACUUAUGAGGGCGGUUGGGAAGGAAGCCAGCUCGAAAAGAUUCGAGAAGAUGCUCAAACAAGCGACGUACCAAUACACAAUGCUCGGGAAGAAGUUCGAACGGAUAUUACCCAGGAGGGGGUCGAAACCGAAGAGGAAUGCCCAGCAGGAGACACCCUGCAUGAGAAAAACAAAGAGGUUAUCGAACCCUUCAUCGUCCCCCUCGGCCUCGACGAGAUGGAUGAAACAAGCACAGCCGAGACCGAUCCCGAGCCAGAAGCAAUGGAUUUCGAGCUUCCCAUCCUCACGCCCCUGGCAGAGGCGCCGCCUCCAACAGGAGCCCUCUCCGCAAUGCCCCGCCGAGGCCGUCUGUCCUCGGCAAUCCACUCGGGACGCCUCGAAAACACCGCCACCUCCCCCAUGCGAGGCCUCAUCCUCCGAUCCAGCAGCCCCCCGAGAGACACGGAGAUCCCUGCUUCUCCCCUGCGGAUGCCGGCGGGGGCCGCCGCCAGCCGGUCUACUCCCGCUCUCGCCUCGCAGGCUGCCGGCUUCGAGGUGGCGGACGCCCCAGAGUCACCGGCCGUCUGCCAGGCUUCGCCAGCACCCAAGCCGCCCAGGAGGAAACGGCAGUCGAAGCAGCCCAACACGCCGUCUUCGAGACGACCUCGCAGCGCGGCCAAGGGCUCGUCCACCAGGAUAUCCGUAAUCUCCCUCCUCUCGGAUGACGAAGACGACGGAAAACUCACUCCGGACCUCUUCAAGACCCAGACUCCUGGCCGCGGGGACCGAUUGUCGUUGGGAGAUCUCGGGAGAGGCUCCCCCUCCACGCCCGCCCUCCCCGCCGGGCCACAGGCAAAGACCGCCACGCCUGUGCAGCAGAACGUACCGAGCGGGGGCCGCGCGGAUUCUGGCGCGUCCACCACGUCCAGACACCGGAAGCGCAUGGCGGCGUGGGCGUUCGCUACCCCCUCCAAGGCCCGCCUCGGCAGCCCGUCGGGGUCGCUCGUCCGCACGCCGGGCGGGAACUUGCGCCGUUGCGGCGAGGAGGGGUUCCGGUGCGACAGGGAUUUCUGCUUCACAUGCCUGUAG